AUGCAUUGUGAUGGAAGGUUGUUUGGGUCAUGUUCUGUUUCAUCUAGUGGUGGUUCAAGUUUGGAUUCUAUAGAGAGCAAUGUCUUCAAAGGGGAAAAGAGGUGUAAUGUCAUUAAUGGUAGGGAUAUUAAGUUAUCGUCGACUAUGAACACGAAAAUUGUGGAAAUAAUUAAGAGUGGGAAUACUGAUAUGGAGUCCAAGUUGAGCUUCAUCAGUGUGGGGCUUAGGGUCGAGUCUGUUCGUGAGAUUUUCCUCUUUCUGAAUUUCCAUAAAAUUAAUGGAUUGCGGUUCUUCAGAUGGCUGAGGUGUUACAACCCGAAGUGGCAUCGAAGUGCUGAAGUUUGUAGCCAUGUUAUUUGUAACUGUGGAUGUUUAGGUGAUUUUAAAACCAUGAAGUUGUUGUUACAUGAGUUUAGCGCAGAAAGGAUUUGCCUUGAUGAGAAUGCCUUUAGGUUUUUACCCUUAUUCCAUUCGAGUAAAGAUUCAUUGUCAAAAUCAGUGACAAGAGUAGUUAGUUUGUUGGGUGAGGUUGGUGGUUCUUGUCAUAAGUCUGGCAUUUGGGGACUGAUCGAGAUGUUUUGCAGUUUAGAGUCCUUUGAGAUGGCCAGAUUCGUGAUAGAAAUCACAGGAAAAAAGGAUGCACACAUCAACAUGUUGGUCCGGCACAGAUGCAAGAGGGAGCAUUUUGAGGAAGCAAAGAGUAUAAUUAGGGAGAUGCAGGAUCCAACUGUCACGAGUUAUAAUUACCUGAUUGGAAGUUUAUGUAAGGCCGAUAAGUUUGUUGAAGCAUCUGGCUUGGUGGGAGAAAUGGAAAGUAAAGGGGUUCAUCCAGAUGAUAUUACCUUUGACAUUCUUGUGCAUUACUCGUGCAACUCGGGCAAAUUGGAUAUUGCAAAACAGUGGAUAGAUAAGAUGGUAAACAGCGGUCUUUGUCCUCGAAUAAGUACUCAUGGUGCAAUGCUGAAAGCUUUCUUCAGAGCAGAACUACAUCAGGAGGCACGCAAUUACGUGAUUGAUUCUACUGUCAAGUUUCCACAUUCAAGCCCGAUAAUUUACAGCGUGUUUGCUGAUCUUCAUCAAGGGAAUGGACGUCUUAAGGAUGCCCGAGAUAUUUUAGUAGAGAUGAUGGCCAAAGGUCUGAGACCUAAUUUCAGAAUUUAUGUUAAGAUUCUCAACCAACUUCGGAAGACUGGCAGAGGAGGACAAAUGGCCCAAGAUCUUGAGGAUAGGUAUCGUAGUCUUUGA